AUUACAGGUGUGAGUCAUCACAUCCUGCAAUUAUUUAAAAUUUUAAUGGCCACGAGUGAAUUUGAGAGAUUUUUCUGAGGGAAGAUGUUCAGAACUGGCAGAUCUAUCUGUAAGAUGUGGCAAUGAAAGGGGAGGACGUUCAGGAAUGGCAACCACCAGGUUCCCGGCUGAGGCAGCUGGGAAGGUGGAGACCCCUGGUCAGAGCUCACCAGGCUGCACUGAGCACCCUCCGUGAAUACCUCCAGCAUUUCCAGCCCAUGUUCCUGUUGCUGCUGUUGAUCACUCCUGCUCGUUCGGCCUUGUGGUGCCCUUGUCAACCAAGUAGAAGGCAAGGACUAUGACUUCUAAUUGUGUCCUCACCCCAUCCCCACCACUUAGCCUGAGCCAUGCCCAUGGAAUAAGCCUGGCAAAGAGAUAUUUGAUAGGGAGCUUCUCAGAGCAAUUGAGAAAACACCCGAGAGCCAGGUGGCUGGGGUUCCAAUCCCACCUCUGCCACUUACUGGCUGUGCAACCUUAGGAAAGCUGCACAACCUCUCUGUGCUGCAGUUUUCUCCUCUGGAAAAUGAUCAUCAUAAAGUUGUCGGCAGGAUUAAACAAGUUAAUGCCUACCACAUAGCAAUUGCUCUAUAAAUGUUCAUUGUUAUUCUAGGUAGGUCAAUAAACCUUUCAGACACCUGCGUUGGUCCUACCUUCGAUGUUUGAGAGAUGUAGAAAUCUAGAACAAUUCUCAACUGCCAUCUACAUUUCAGCCAGGAAGGGGUUGACAGUCAAGGGGACCGAUUGGCACAGAGAUGACACUUGAGCGAUGCAGAGAAGGGCCCUCACCUAAGCUGCCCUAGUCCUUUCAAAUAACCCUGGUGUUGAAUCAGUUGUUUGGGACAGCAUCACUUAAGUGGUGUCUCAGCAGAAAUACCUGUGUUUCUGAUUUAUGAGGCUGUCGGAGGGAAGAGAAUCUAAUAAAAGGUUUCCCCGGUGAUUCAAGGUCUCCCCCAACCCAGAUGUCUCUGCAGCCUCCCUGGACCAUUCCCCCUACGGCCACCUGGACGCCUUCUAUUUGCUUUGAUUCGGUUUCUCUUUUGCUUUUUCCUUACUUGCUGGUGCAUUCCCACCCCAGCUGAGAGCCUCUAUUUUGGGGAGUUUUCGUGGAUAAUUUAGUGGGCGGAAGCUCCCCACCCACCCCCCUUGGAGGAUCCCUUAAAAAAGGGAGAGUGCUCGAGAGAAGUGAAAAACAGUGGGUGGUUCAGUUCAAAAGGACAAAAUAUUUCUUGCCCUGGCACUGGGAGAGGAAAGAAAUUGUCUGAGGAACCAAAGAACGGCUAAACUAAGAAGCCGAAAAGCUGCAGCCCAGAAGGGCAAAUUAGGUGACUCAGCUGCAACUGCCCCGGCUCCAGCCCUUGUAGUAUAAAUGUGCUUUAAAAGGGAAAAACGCUUAACCGUGACAAAGAGUGGGCUCCAUAAAAAUGUGGCUAAUGCUGACUCUGUUGAGUUCCAAAAGACAUCCCCCGCUCAGCAGCUCUGCGCACCUGUGGAGUUGGGGAAUCGCCUCAGAGGCCUGAGUUGGGUGGGACUGAGUCUAAAUUUAUCCCUGAUAAUGAGUCUGCCAGAGGAGGGCCCAGCAAGCUUGUUUCCUUUCUCGCUUCUGGCCUCUAAAACCUCGGCACCAAGGGAGGGUUCUGGGAGGCAGGGGAUACGGUGCCAAGAACACAGGCUUUGUUGCCAAACAGAGCUGGGUUCAACUCUGGGCCGUCCAUUUACUGGCUGUGUGCACAUCAACUCGUAGAGCCUCAGUUUGCUCGUCUGUAAAUGGGGCUUACAGCAUCCAGCUCAACGGAAGGGUGAAAGGAAACAGACCUUGCCGAGCUUGUCUGGUGCUCUGGACAUGGCAGUUGUAGGGAGGCCUGGAGAGGAAGGGUAUGAAUGCCGAGUCCAAUAAUCCUAUUCCUGGCUUAAUCACUACUCAUUCCUUGACUAUGGGAAGGUUUUCUUUUUAAAAAAAUACUUUUAGGAUUUGUUAUAUACUUUAGUGUUCUUAGCACUUCAGUGAAAGAAAGUCAUUGAAUCCUUACGGCAAGUGUUUAGGAGGGUACUCCUAGUGCCCCAUUUUACAGACUGGGGUAAGUGAUGCCACAUGGCAAAGCCAAGCAUCUGACUAUAGAGCUUGAGUUUUAAAUGGCCUCUCAGGUUGUCUAACCCACUACUGCCCAAGAGGACAUUCUACGAUGAUGGAAAUGUUCUGUUCUGUGCUGUCCAAUUUGGUAGCCACCAGCCACAUGUGGGCUUUUGAGCAUUUGACAUAUGGCUUGUGCAACUGAAGAACUGACACCUACAUUUUAUUUGUUAAUUAUUUAACAUUUUAAUAGCCACGUGUGGCUAGUGGCUGCCAUAUUGGAUGGCACAGGGCUAACCCCUUUCAUCUUUAGUCUGUUACUUUGCAGUGGGAUUGUAAGUGGGAAUUUAUAGAUGACUCUAGCUCAGGGCCCGGCAUCUAGUAGGUACUGAGUGAGGGGUUGCUGUUCGUAGUGUUACUAAGUGUAGUAACUGUCUGCAGAAGAUAAUGGUUAGCAGGCUUCCUUGGUGUCUGGAUAGUGGCAAAAGGAAGUUGAGUUUCAUUCAUGCCUGCGAUGACCAACCUGUCCCAAGUUGCUUGGAACCUUCUCAGCUUUAAAACUGGAAGUCUUACAUUCUAGGAGCCCCCUCAAUCCCAGGCACACCAGGACGCUUGGUCUCCCUGUUCUUGCUUCAGAUGGUUGGAGAAAGAGGCCUCAGGGAAUGAGUCUUCCUCAAUAGGCUCCACUGAAAAGAAUCCUCUCUACGCCCUUAAAGGCUGCGCCCCAGAAUUUGCCAAGUAAAUCAACAGGCAAGCCACCUGCCUUCUAUGUGCCUCAGUUUCCCUUUCGGAAAGUGGGGGAGAGGAUCCCCUCCUUGCAGGGUGGUUGCAAGAAAUUUGGUGGCGCCAUGACUUUUGAGUUACUCGAGAGUCAAUGAGACUUCCUUACCUUGAAUUCCUUGGCACACAGUAGGUGGACAGAUAAUGGCUGCUCUCUGGGGGAACAGCAUUACUUAGACUGUCCUGCGGGAGGCCACCCUGGUUGAGGCAGGCUUGAAGAGAGUCCCCUGGGCGGGGCUGGGGGUGGGGCUUUCUCAGGCCCAGUUCCAGCUGGUCUCUAUGGGCCAGCAUCUGUCUCCAGCAGGAGUAGUUAUGUCUGCGAGCUGCCCAGUGAGGCUAUUGUGGGCCAGUGCUGGAAAACAGAGUGGUCCCACGGAUAGAGCCAGCUGCUUCUCAAUGCCUCUUUAAGUUCAAGUCUCUCUGUGAGAGCAUGCAGGGGGGGUGUGUGUAUGUGAUGAGUCACCAGCCUUGGUUGCUAUCCACAAUUUUAUCAGAGCUCACAACAGUAUCUGAAGUCCAUUUUCAAAGCCAGCUUUAUCUUUGGGCUCAGAAUUUCCCACCCUGCAGGCAGGUGAAGACGCAGACCUAGUCCAAGUCCAGAAAAGGCAUCUUGACCGCUGCGCCUCUCCCUCUCCCCCUCCCCACGGACCUUCUGGGGGUCUCGUGGCCUAUUACUGUGAACCAUGCGUGGCAUCGCACGGACUUUCUUCUGGACACUGUGCAAAGUUCAUGAUAUCCUUUCUCUUUAUUUUCCUGUUUAUUCAGAGCAUGUGUAAACACAUGGGUUGCUUGGUUUCAGCUUCUCUUUGGCCAUUUCAUUAUUUCUGGAGCCUCUGAGCAUCACUGGAAACCUUGGAUUUUCUAAAUGAAUCUAAAAAUAAACUCUUUGAAAAAAAAUUCUCGAAGUUGGAGAGUUGACACGAGGCACCGUUAUUUAUUUCUUUUCCUUCCUCCUCCUUCUCCUCUUCCUCCUCCCCACCAUCCCUGAACACACAAAAAUCUGGGCAGCCAGAGGCCGUGAGGGACUGGGAAGGGCCCCUGGGCGAACGUCCAGGAGCUUGGACAACCUGGGGUGUUGGUUUGAACCCUGGGCAGCUUUCUCCAAGAGGCGCCCGCUUGGCAAAUGGGGGGCUUGGGAGUCUCGGGCUUGAUUUAUGAAAAGCUGCCAUGGGCCAGGGAAGGCGGUGGCUGGGGCACUCCUUGCAAACAGCCUCCUGGAGCUCCUGCAGGGCUGACUUGGACACUCGCACACCCCCACCCCCUUCUUCUCGCCGUCGCCCGCUUCGCUCCCUCUCCCAGACUUUUCUCCCGAACAAUCAGGGACUUGUGCUGGCGGCCGAAGGAGCCACGGAGCUGGCUGGCCGCGGAGGAGGCGACGUCAUGGAUUCCUGAGUGUGAAGUUUGCAGGAAAGCCCUUAGUUUUGGAGAUGGACGGGAUCCAGUGGUUUCCAUGGCGCUGGAUAAACAGGAGGAAACAGUGAGGGAAUCCCGUUAUUUUACUGCAUUGAAAGCCUAUAAACACGGAGCGCGGGGAAGGAAGUCGCGUUGCCUCUGGAGUAAGCCGGAUCGCGGAGCCGCGCCGACUCCGCUGAGCCGGGAGCCGGGAGGCGCGCAGCUCCGGGGUCGCUCCGAGGCUCCUCGACAAGGGCUGCCCCGCGGGCAAGCGGUAGAGAAGACGGCGCCCCCUCGGCUGCUGGUCGAUACAAACAGACCCCCCUUUCCAAACACGCGCCAAGUCCCCGUCCCCUCCAGAUGCAGAGAGAGGCUGCGUUCAGACUGGGGCACUGCCAUCCCCUCCGCAUCAUGGGGUCUGUGGACCAAGAAGAGCCGAAUGCACAUAAGGUCGCCAGCCCACCCUCCGGACCCGCAUACCCCGAUGAUGUCCUGGACUAUGGCCUCAAGCCAUACAGCCCCCUUGCUAGUCUCUCUGGCGAGCCCCCCGGCCGAUUCGGAGAGCCGGAUAGGGUAGGGCCGCAGAACUUUCUGAGCGCGGCCAAGCCAGCAGGGGCCUCGGGCCUGAGCCCUCGGAUCGAGAUCACUCCGUCCCACGAACUGAUCCAGGCAGUGGGCCCCCUCCGCAUGAGAGACGCGGGCCUCCUGGUGGAGCAGCCGCCCCUGGCCGGGGUGGCCGCCAGCCCGAGGUUCACCCUGCCCGUGCCCGGCUUCGAGGGCUACCGCGAGCCGCUUUGCUUGAGCCCCGCUAGCAGCGGCUCCUCUGCCAGCUUCAUUUCUGACACCUUCUCCCCCUACACCUCGCCCUGCGUCUCGCCCAAUAACGGCGGGCCCGACGACCUGUGUCCGCAGUUUCAAAACAUCCCUGCUCAUUAUUCCCCCAGAACCUCGCCAAUAAUGUCACCUCGAACCAGCCUCGCCGAGGACAGCUGCCUGGGCCGCCACUCGCCCGUGCCCCGUCCGGCCUCCCGCUCCUCGUCGCCUGGUGCCAAGCGGAGGCAUUCGUGCGCCGAGGCCUUGGUUGCCCUGCCGCCCGGAGCCUCACCCCAGCGCUCCCGGAGCCCCUCGCCGCAGCCCUCAUCUCACGUGGCACCCCAGGACCACGGCGCUCCCGCUGGGUACCCCCCUGUGGCUGGCUCUGCUGUGAUCAUGGAUGCCCUGAACAGCCUCGCCACGGACUCGCCUUGUGGGAUCCCCCCCAAGAUGUGGAAGACCAGCCCUGACCCCUCGCCGGGGUCUGCGGCCCCAUCCAAGGCCGGCCUGCCUCGCCACAUCUACCCGGCCGUGGAGUUCCUGGGGCCUUGCGAGCAGGGGGAGAGGAGAAACUCGGCUCCCGAAUCCAUCCUGCUGGUUCCGCCCACUUGGCCCAAGCCGCUGGUGCCUGCCAUUCCCAUCUGCAGCAUCCCAGUGACGGCAUCCCUCCCUCCACUUGAGUGGCCGCUGUCCAGUCAGUCAGGAUCUUAUGAGCUGCGGAUCGAGGUGCAGCCCAAGCCACAUCACCGGGCCCACUAUGAGACAGAAGGCAGCCGAGGAGCCGUCAAAGCUCCAACUGGAGGCCACCCUGUGGUUCAGCUCCAUGGCUACAUGGAAAACAAGCCUCUGGGACUUCAGAUCUUCAUUGGGACAGCCGAUGAGCGGAUCCUUAAGCCGCAUGCCUUCUACCAGGUGCACCGAAUCACGGGGAAAACUGUCACCACCACCAGCUAUGAGAAGAUUGUGGGCAACACCAAAGUCCUGGAGAUCCCCCUGGAGCCCAAAAACAACAUGAGGGCAACCAUCGACUGUGCGGGGAUCUUGAAGCUCAGAAACGCCGACAUUGAGCUGCGGAAAGGCGAGACGGACAUUGGAAGAAAGAAUACGCGGGUGAGGCUGGUUUUCCGAGUUCACAUCCCAGAGUCCAGUGGCAGAAUCGUCUCUUUGCAGACUGCAUCUAAUCCCAUCGAGUGCUCCCAGCGAUCUGCUCACGAGCUGCCCAUGGUUGAAAGACAAGACACGGACAGCUGCCUGGUCUACGGCGGCCAGCAAAUGAUCCUCACGGGCCAGAACUUUACGGCUGAGUCCAAAGUCGUGUUUACUGAGAAGACCACAGAUGGGCAGCAAAUCUGGGAGAUGGAAGCCACGGUGGAUAAGGACAAGAGCCAGCCCAACAUGCUUUUUGUUGAGAUCCCUGAAUAUCGGAACAAGCACAUCCGCACACCUGUAAAAGUGAACUUCUACGUCAUCAAUGGGAAGAGAAAACGAAGUCAGCCUCAGCACUUUACCUACCACCCAGUCCCAGCCAUCAAGACGGAGCCCACGGAUGAAUAUGACCCCACUCUGAUCUGCAGCCCCACCCAUGGAGGCCUGGGGAACCAGCCUUACUACCCCCAGCACCCGAUGGUGGCCGAGUCCCCCUCCUGCCUCGUGGCCACCAUGGCUCCCUGCCAGCAGUUCCGCACGGGGCUCUCAUCCCCUGACGCCCGCUACCAGCAACAGAACCCAGCGGCCGUACUCUACCAGCGGAGCAAGAGCCUGAGCCCCAGCCUGCUGGGCUACCAGCAGCCGGCCCUCAUGGCCGCCCCACUGUCCCUUGCGGACGCUCACCGCUCUGUGCUGGUGCACGCCGGCUCCCAGGGCCAGAGCUCCGCCCUGCUCCACCCCUCUCCGACCAAUCAGCAGGCCUCGCCUGUGAUCCACUACUCACCCACCAAUCAGCAGCUGCGCUGCGGAAGCCACCAGGAGUUCCAGCACAUCAUGUACUGCGAGAAUUUCGCACCAGGCACCACCAGGCCUGGCCCGCCCCCGGUCAGUCAAGGUCAGAGGCUGAGCCCGGGUUCCUACCCCACAGUCAUUCAGCAGCAGAAUGCCACGAGCCAAAGAGCCGCCAAAAACGGACCCCCGGUCAGUGACCAAAAGGAAGUAUUACCUGCGGGGGUGACCAUUAAACAGGAGCAGAACUUGGACCAGACCUACUUGGAUGAUGAGCUGAUAGACACACACCUUAGCUGGAUACAAAACAUAUUAUGAAACAGAAUGACUGUGAUCUUUGAUCCGAGAAAUCAAAGUUAAAGUUAAUGAAAUUAUCAGGAAGGAGUUUUCAGGACCUCCUGCCAGAAAUCAGACGUAAAAGAAGCCAUUAUAGCAAGACACCUUCUGUAUCUGACCCCUCGGAGCCCUCCACAGCCCCUCACCUUCUGUCUCCUUUCACGUUCAUCUCCCAGCCUGGAGUCCACACGCGGAUCAAUGUAUGGGCACUAAGCGGACUCUCGCUUAAGGAGCUCGCCACCUCCCUCUAAACACCAGAGAGAACUCUUCUUUUUGGUUUAUGUUUUCAAUCCCAGAGAGCAUCCUGGUUGAUCUUAAUGGUGUUCCGUCCAAAUAUUAAGCGCCUGCUGACCAAAAGCACAUUCUGCACAAGACAGGACACUGGAACGCGCCUGAGAACAGAGUGACUGGAGCUUGGGGGGAUGGGCGGGGGACAGAAGAUGUGGGCGCUGUGAUUAAACCCCAGCCCUUGCGUUCAUUUUUCCAGGUCACAGAUACAGCUCCUGUACCUUUUGAAGGAAAGGAGUUCUCAGAGCAACCAAAGGAACGUGAUCCAAGAGCCCAGCUUACAGGCUGAAGAAACCCAGAACCCUCUUGAUAGAGGUAGAAACUGAACUGUCAGUCCUUAGAGCUCGCCCAGUCCAUGCCACAACUGGGCCACGGCUAAAGCUUUAUUUUUGAAUUCUUAUUCCAAAACCAAACUGUCUUGCCCGGACAAGAUCACCUGUUAAGACUUCUUGGCGUUAAGUUAUGACAUGUAUAUGCGUUUGUUAUUAUUAUUAUUUUUUUUCUGCUUUAAAAAGCUGGCCAGGGCACCUAGCACUGGAGCUAUUUUGGCGAGCUGUUCUUUAACCCCUGCAGCACGCAGUCCUGCUAACACAAUUUCCAUAGACUUGGGGGGCUGACCCAGGCUGCAGAGAGCAAGCACCUAUCUGCUGCAGCUGUACAACCUGGAUGCUUUGCAAGGUUCCGGCUUGCUUGCUUCCUAGCAGCCAGAGUGCAUUUCGGUAAAGCAGUGGAGAAUCUCAAGCAUGUGCAUUUAAUUGAGGAAUAGCAGAAGGGCUAAAGGAACCAAGAAAAGAAGUGCGGGUAUUUUUGUUAAGUAAAACAGCCCAAGUGCUUCUGGAAGUGGGUGUCUACUUAGGAUAGAGGCUGAAUUCCCUCUAUCCUAAAUUCAAAGUGGGACAGUCGAGCUCAGGAUGCACUUCCCAGCUUCACUGGUUAAUUUGACCUGAACGUAUUUAAAGACCCUUUCUGCCCCUGAAGACCUAUUCGCACUAGAAUUCUAACACGAAGAAGUCUACUCCAAUGCCUCCUUUAGUUUGAAUGAGCUCUGUUCAGACCAGUUGUAUGUUACAUAUGAUUUCCUUCCUCCCAACUGUUUCCACUGAGCGCACCCAUAGUCUCCCCUAGUCUUCCUCUGUGGGUGCGAUUUUUGUGAUUUUUACAAACAAAACCCUUGUAGUUCUUGGCAGGUGUGUUUCUGUUGGCAUUUGCUGCAGAUACCCCAGGACGGGCAGGGGGAUUCAUUUUUAAGCCAUUCAGUUGUUUCCUCAAUAAUCCACAACACAGUGAAAAUAUUCUUAGCACUCAGACUGGACUUACAGUGUUUUCUCAGUCCAGUCUGUAGGCAGAAGGCCUCAGAAGAUAGUCGUGGCCACUCAGUGCCCACUGUGGGCUUUGUAAGUCCUGGCUCUGCCGUCAAGGUUACCCAGAGGCAAAAGCUUCCUGGGAGCGGGGCCAGGAGUGGUUGGCACUCCAGAUAGAAGACAAAAUGCUCAGAUUCGGGCCUGUGCACUUGUAUGCAACCUGUUGGUCAAUGCCUAGCAUUUAUUUUUCCCUAACAAUGGACAACCUUUCCCUCCCCCACCCCUAAGCUCAGAGUUUAGGAAAAUUCUCUUUUAAAUAAACAGAAUGCCAGUAAGAGGUUGACCCCCACCGUAGAACUUCUGGGAUGCUAAAUACUUCCUCACGAACAAAAUAAGUUCCUUAUACUAGCAGCUUCACCUAGAGAAUUCUGUCUCCGGCAAUAUGAAUUUUUCUCUCCAGCAAUAUCAACUUCACUGGGGAAAAGCUAGGAGUGUGUGGUGAGUGAUUUGUUCUCCCUUGACCUGGCUAGGAGCCAUUUUUUAUACAUGAGGGAAUUUGAGCUUUCCUCAGUUAUCUGAAUGUUUUACCCAAGUGCCUUCCUGCUAUUGUAGCAAAGUAGCUCAGCUUCCUUGUCCACAGGGUGAAAAAGGACUAAUGCAUUUUCCAUCAGUUUUCUAACUAUGUUAGCAAAAAGGACCUCCUGGUAGCUCAACCUCCUGUAUGCAUGUGUGUGUGUAAUACACACACAAAUAAACCCCUCUGUUUUUCUAAGACAUCUUAGCUGGAUAUUAUAGGAAGCACUUUCAUAAACAACUGUACCAAAUAGCAAAGGAAAGAGAAACAAAAGCAUUAGAUUUGAGACAUAAACAGGCAAGAGAAAGUGUAUUAGGAACUGACAGCUAUCAAGGAAGUUUUGUCAGUUACAAAUGCUAGGAGGAAAUUUUGCCAAGAAGGAUGGCUCAUGAAAUAUUUCCAGUAUGGGAAGAGGCAAUAAGAUCCUCUAAGAGAAUGAGAAAGUAGGGAUGUAUAAUUGGUAAAGAUGGGCGUGUUGCAGGUGUGUUAGAAGGAUCUCAGUUAAGUGAAGGUUUGCACUUGCUACAUCUAAGUUAAUGUAAAUAUGUAGCACUCUGACAGGUCUACCAUGUUGCUGAAUGUAGUAUAUUUCCAAAGUUUGCAAGUCUUCCUGUAUUGUAAAAAAAUGCUGCUGCUUGAUAAUAUGUAUAGCAAUCCAGAUUAAUUAGUAUGUUAUUAAAUUUUAUUUUCUUACCUGUAUUUUUAUGCUUUUUAUCUGUCCUCAAAAUAUUACACCCCUGUUGGAAUUAGAUUUAUAUUUAUAAAUGGUCAGAAAUCUUUUUAAAUGUCUCUUUUUACACAUAGGUUGAUUUUUUUUCUUAAGAUAAAUGAUGUAUUCUUGAAACAUUUGUUAAUUAUUCCAGGAAACAAAAAAUCCAUAUAAUAAAACUCCCACUCAGAGCCUCUUGGUCACCUACCUAGAAGACAGCAUCUCAGGAGAAAGAAUGGCUUCAUGGAAGAAGGAACCACCUUUUUCUUGCUCAAGAAUUAUGCUGACUUCAGCCCUGAGCCUGGAUCUGGUCACUGAGAAUCAUCAAGUGUCUAGAUCCCCCCAAAUAAGUAAUCUAGUAGGUGGUUUUGAUUUUAAAAAAUUGACACCAAAACCCUGCCUGCAUUGUAAUGGAAUUUGAAAAGAAUUCAUGUUCACAGAACCCUACGUUCAGGCUAAUAUUUACAGAGGGGACCAAAACUAAAUCCUGGUAGAUAACUCCUGUAUGCUUUAUCCAAAGGACAUCCACAGUUUUCCAGCAUAGACAUAACCAAGGAUGAAUUGAUUCCUUCAAAGAACUGGGAGGCACUGAUAUUGCAUUUUUUGUUUACAUCCAGUAGCCAGGACGCCUCAGUGAGCCAGUCUUGGGCAGAGGCUGUCACAUUUAGGCAGAUCAGGAGUUGAUAUGUUCUAAUUCUCACUCUGGACUACGGUGAAACUGAAUUUAUCAUGUCAAAAAAAAAAAAAAAAAACCUUUCCAAGUGCUUUCUAUUGCUCAGAAAUGAAAGAAUGUUUUCGUUUCAAGUUUACAAGAGGCAUGGAUGGAGUUGUGACGUUCUUGACAAGCUGGGCUAACCUUUCCUGAACUCGUUUCCUGGAGGCAAGGUGCUCGGUGACCCAGCGCAUCUUAACCUUGGGUCUCCUAGGCUCAAGGCUAGGGCAUUACGUUUCAUGGAACCAAAACAGCCAGUUGCAUAGCAAGUAUUUUCCUGCAUUCCAAUUAAAUGCUUAAGAAAAAGCAGCAUCAUAUAAAAAUUGUGAUCAUAAACAUCCAUUUCCCUCAGCUUUUGUGAGUGCCUUGACUUACAGCCAACAUCACUGUUUAACUCGGUCUGUUUAAAAACAAACUUUUCUGGUGGUUGGUAACAGAGAGUUUCUCCCUGAGCCAUCAGGGUCCUGAGAGCUGGAAGUGAAAGGGUUAAUUAACAUUCUGCCUUUAUGCAGCUGUUGGCUGACUAGAAUAAACUCCCUGCUGAGUUCAAGCUUUGAAUGGAAUGGAUGCAAAUGAUGUUGUUUCCAUUAGAGCAGGUGCUCACAGCAUUCUGAUUGGCCUGAGCAGACCGAGGCUAUGGCUGUUGGAACAAGCUUAGCAUCCUGGACAUCUUGUCAAAGAACCUCACUCACCCACUAUGGCCUCUACAGCCCUCAGAGGAGAGAAAACCAGUACAGUUCUCCAACAAGCAGAGGUCUCUCCAACACGGUGGUGCUGGCAGGCUUAGGUUUAGACAAUCCUGUUAAAGGCGUUUGAAUACAUCACAUUCCUAUGCAAAUGUUUUUAAUCUCCAGUUUAAUGUAGUUUAUUUUUCCUAUAUGUAAAGUAUUUUUAUACGACUUGUAUCAUGAUAGUUUAGCAAUAAAACAGUUGGAAGCAACA